AUGGCGACGCUAGCAAGCGCCCAGGUGGCACCGCCACCAGCGGGUUGGCCAGUGUUCACAUACCAGGGAGAGCUGACGGACAAGAGCACGCUCCAAUACAACCCGACGAACGAGUUCAUCUUCCCCAGCGUGUUCCAUGCCGGCUCGUAUCUGGACAACCCGCUCGGGGAGUGGUACCUCUACUACGCACCGCACGAGAACCCCGGCGGUAUCUCGCUCAUGUACGCUGACUCGCCCGACGGGCCCUGGACCGAAUACGACAACAACCCGGUCAUUGCAAACGUGUGGCCGGGCCACUACUCGGUGCCGCACGUCUCCAGCCCAGACGCGGCGUGGAACUGGGAGGAGGGUCGCUUGUUUGUUUACUUCCACGGAACCAACUCCCAAACCCGCUGGGCAGCGACCGACGAUGGCGUGACCUUUGACUACGGCGGUAUUGCGGUAGACAACAAAAUGGGAGGGCCAAAUGUCACUGAGUCGAGCUACGCGCGCGUCUUCAGGCACCCCAACCCCUUCUCCGGCUACGCCUACGCCAUGUUCUACAUGGGCAACGAAGUCGACAAUAUUCGCCGCAUCCGCCUGGCCGAGUCCGUGGACGGACAAGAAUGGGUUGUGGACCCUGACUACGUCGUCGAGCCCGGUUCCGAAGAGGGAGCCAACGUCUCAGGCGCCAAGCUUUGGCGCUGGAACGGGCAGUACUAUGUUAUUUACCACGCGUCCAGCGGCAAGAGUUACGCCAGGACUAUUGACAGGACGCUGCGUGAUGUCGGCUCCGUUCCCAUCCUGCUCCACAAGGCCAGUGGCGUUGGCAACGAUGUUGGACGUGUCGCGUCUCCAGAUGUCGUCACAUACUAUGGUGAGACGUAUCUGUUCUACGAGUCGGGUGACCGUCUCGGUGCGACCAUCGCCUGGGCGAAGGUUGUUUAA